AUGACGAUAUCUACUGAAAAUCAAGUAUUGUGCAAUGUUAAAGGGGAAGGGCAUGAUGAUUUAUCUAAAAUUCGAAGGAAGCAUUCUAAAAGAACAGGUCACCAAGUAGGGAAUGUAAGCCACUGCCAAAAGCGACUAAUUGCUCUGAAAAUCAUGUACUUCGGCCAGAGAUUCUAUGGCUUUGCUUCAGAAGCCCAUACAGAGCCGACGGUUGAGUCUGAGAUAUUCAAAGCACUUGAAAGAGCAAGAUUACUGGUUGGAAGUAGGAAAGAUUUAUGCUAUUCUAGGUGUGGAAGAACUGACAAAGGAGUUUCUGCUACUGGACAGGUAAUCUCCUUAUAUUUGCGAUCAAAUUUAAAAGAAGCAGGAGGGAAUGUGGGUGAAAGAUCUGAAAUCGAUUAUGUAAGUGUAUUGAAUAGAAAUCUUCCACGAGAUAUACGUGUAAUAGGUUGGUGUCCAGUUGCAGCAGACUUUCUCGCAAGAUUCUCCUGCUUGGGUAGGGAAUAUAAGUACUUGUUUUGGAAGGGGGGCUUGGAUGUGUCGAAAAUGCAGAAAGCUGCACUUAAAUUCAUUGGGGAACAUGACUUAAGGAAUUUCUGUAAGAUGGAUGCAGCAAACGUGAGCAACUACAAGCGAUGCAUUACAGAUUUUACUAUUUCUGCGUGUGACCAAAGGUCCAACCAUGAUGAGCUAUGGUCCAUGAAUAUCAGGGGUAGCGCCUUUCUGUGGCAUCAAGUUCGUUGCAUGGUAGCUGUUCUUUUUCUUGUAGGUCAAGGCCUUGAAUCACCUUGUGUAGUUGAUUCAUUGCUGGAUAUUACCAAGACACCUAGAAAACCUCAAUAUACAAUGGCACCAGAGCUUCCAUUGAUUCUGCGAUCUUGUCUAUUCGAUGGAGUCAGCUUCAUGUGUUCAUCAGAUGCCAGUCAGGCUUUGAUUGAACACUUGAAGGAUGAAUACCAUCAGUAUAUGUUCCAAGCCGCUAUAUUUGAUGAGGCUUUGACCUGUUUAUCUAUUCCAGAGCCUAAUCCACUUGAAUCCCCUAAGAAGAAGAGAAAACAUAUCCCUCUCCUGUCACGGGAAACAGAACCUUCUUACGAGGAACGCAGAGCAAGAGUCAAAGUUAAGUCAGCAACAUGUAGUUGA